AUGAAGGAGGUUUGGGGUUUGAAGAACUGGGUCUCUUGGAACACGACAUCUGCGAUAAUGCUGAUCUGGCUACUUUUCUUCAAGCAAGACUCUAUUUGGGCUACUUGGUAUCUCACAGAAGUCCUAGAUGGUGAUAUCAACAACUUCUGGGUCAUCAACACCAAACAGAAGAACUCUUGGCUUGCUAACUACUUACUGUUACAGUGCGGCACCGUCUUUGAUUGGAUCAAACAGGUUGUGGGAAAUGGCAAAACUUGCUAUUUCUGGUCGAGUAAGUGGUCACCUUUUGGAAACAUCUCAAAAAACCUUCGAGGCGAAAGCUCUCACACCACUGGCAUUCCGGCGACGACGACCUUGGCGGAAAUAUGGGAGUCAGGCAAUUAG